ACGUCCACCGCCUCCUGAGUGGCCAGCGAGCCUUCUCUCUUUCACUGCACGACCUUGGGAGGCUGGUCCGAGGGACCCAAAAGGAGCGGGAAGCAGAUGGAAUCCCAGGACCUAGGAGGAGCCCCAAGGCCACCACAGGGAAGUCCCCAGAGAGCAUGCGUUGUUCAUCCCUCAUCAGGACCUUCCAAGUUCCAAGGUAUUUCUUGAGCAUCAGAGAGGUAACAAGGCCUGGAAUACACCCUUGUCUCACCCUCCUAACUCAUCCAAGAAUCCCCUAAGACGAACCAGAACAUUGGGUUUCAGUUGUCAAAGUCUGACCUGAAAAUGCUCAUUACUCUAAAUACAGGCCUGUGCCAUACCAGUUUACAAGGGUUGCUGUGGAAUGAGCAAGGAGGGGAAGCUGUGGGGCUGCCAAGCUGGGCACACGUCAAGCACCAACUGGCACCACUGCCUCCUGCUUCCUGGUGCCACUCCAGCCGGGGCUGCACCCCCCACCCCGUGUCUGGCAGCUUCCAAUGUUGCUUUCCUGCUCCCAUGAGAUGGCAAGUCUGGCAACAGAAGUGGAGCUGCUCGUAAGGAGAAAGAGGAAAGAACUUCAGCUCUGGCACCUGCAGACCUCCAAGGGUUUCCUACAGAAGCUGGCAGCGGGGACUGCAAUUGACCAUUCUCUCACCUUUUCCUUCUUGCAACUCCCCAAGCCUAGCCCUGGUGGGAAGAGGAUUACCUGAGAACCAGAAGCCCCGGCUCCCAGCGUUUCACUGACCUAUCUUGCAUCCCUUUGGUACAUUAUACACCCCAGCUCUCAGUUUCCCCAUCUUCAGGAUAACAAACGGACUUGUCCAAGAACAGCAACCAUUCCAGAGCCACCGCCGAGGCUGGUUAGUGGAACAUGUGGCUGAAAGGACUGCAUGUUGCUCAGGAUUCUGGGGCCACAUACAGUGGCCGGGGUGCUGUGGUUCACUGGCAAUAUCUGCCUUGGACUCAGAAGGGAGCAUGGUAGACCAGGUGCCACAUCACUGCCAUGCAGGAGCUAAAGGACCUUUGCACCAUGGAACAUUCCACCACUUGGAUUCUUCGGGAUACCCGAUGGAACAUUCCGCCACUUGGAUUCUAUGGGAUGAGAUCCGACAGCCACACGGCAGAAGUUACCAGCUGGGAAGCUCGUAGAUUCUUCAGCAGAAACUCUAUUAGGCUGAUGAAUUACCUUUACUAAAGGAAUGAAUAACAAUAACAAAAUUUUAGGUCCAAGAUGUACCAAGAAAAGCUGGAUAUAUCAGACAAUAUGUUUAAAAGAGAGAUGUUUUGGGUGACCUGAUGUUUUGCCGUCCAGCUUGAGAUGAGGCCACUGAACGUGGCCUCUUUCCCAUGGCUCCCCAGCAGCAAGCAUUCUCUACCAACUCCAUGUCUGGAGCAGGAGUUCCAGCAGGAAGUCGCAGCCUCCAGCACCGGAUGACCAGAAGAUCCAAGUGGGAAUGGAUUGCUGACAAAAUGUUUCCAGCCAGGAUCCUGUCAGGGGAAUUACAGCAGGUGCUCAUCAAGUGGGAGUUCUCAUUGAAGAAUCCCUCUGAUGAAGAUCAAAUCCAUUCGAGAAAACCUCCGGGAAAAUGACAGGCUGAAAGAUUAUCUUGAGAAAUAUCCUUACAGUCUGGCCUAUAAGUUUCUUGAUCAAUAUCAGGACGAGGGAAUAUCUUUGGAACCCAUGAGGAACUACUGGCAGCUGGCCUACAUCGGCAUCAUCAACAUCGGAACACCGCCUCAGGAGUUCACGGUCAUCCUGGACAUGGGCUCCACUGACUUGUGGGUGCUCUCCGUCUACUGCCAGCCUGACAGAUGCCCACCCCUUGUGUCUGCAGCUGACCACAACGUCUUCAACCCUCUGCUGUCCUCCACGUUCCAGGGCUCAGGCAGGCCCAUCAGCAUCGCCUAUGGCACCGGGCAGAUGUCAGGAUUUCUUGGCUAUGACACUGUUAAGAUCAGGGACCUUGUGGACUUCGGCCAGGGGUUCGACCUGAGCAUCAAGGAGCCCAGCCAGUUCAUGAAAUACGCGGUCUUCAAUGGCAUCCUGGGACUGGGCUACCCCAGCCUCAGUGUUGAGGGAGCCACCCUCUUUGAGGACCUGUGGAACCAAGGCCUCCUUUCAAACCUCUUUGCCUUCUACUUGAGCAGCAAGGAAGAGAAGGGCAGUGUGCUGAUGCUUGGCGGGGUGGACCCCUCCUACUACACCGGAAACCUUAACUGGGUGCCAGUGUCCAAACUCCUCUACUGGCAGAUAGCCAGGGACAGCAUCACCAUGAAUGGGAAGGUCAUUACUUGUGAUGGCGGCUGCCAGGCCAUUGUUGACACCGAGACUUCUUUGCUGAUUGGCCCACCAAAUUCUAUCCGUGACAUCCGGAAUAAGAUCAACACCCAGCACUUCAGUAGCGAGGUUAAACAAUCGGUCCCAAGCGUCACUCCGGGGUUGUCCACACACUCCAGGACCAGCAGGACCAACCUACCCUCCCUCUCUGUCUGCAGUGCCUCAUCGAAUGUGACGCCAUCCACACCCUGCCUGACCUUGUCUUCACCAUCAAUGGUGUCAGCCAGUGCCCACAUCCAGCAGGUGAGGGGCCUAGUCCUGGGGUCCAGGCCUGGGAUCCUGGGACUUGUGGGAAUCCUCAGGCUGCAGCUGGAGGAAGAGGCCCCGAGGAGGCCAAGCUGUGCCACUGCAGACACCACAGCAUCCUCCUGGCUGGGUCAGUGCCUGCCACCAAACAUUGUGACAGUAUAAUAAAAGUCAGGCUGGGACACCCAGCGUCUCUGACAAAUGUUGAGAGAUGGUCACCCUGUGCCAGCAUAGUGCUAGCACCAAGGAGGAAGGGACCCUAAGGGCCUCUGCCCCAAGGAGCUUCUAAGGAUGAACAUGUGCAUCGGCUAUUGCAAUACCUGAGAUCGUCCGAAGAAAUAAUGACAGGCAGGGUUGGCUGUGGACAGUCUCAUCAUAAGUAUUAACUAUAAGGCCAGUUGCCUCGCCGGGAACUAAAUGGACACACCCAUCCCUCUCCACGUCUGCUAACUAUGUUAUCAUUCUGAACGCAUUACUCAGCAUCUGGCCUCUCCAUGUGGGCUCCUCACACCCGCCUCUGCAUUCCACACCCAGAUCUACACUCAGCACCAAACUAUGCACUCAACCCCGCCAAAAUUUAAAAAGACCUGCCAAAGACCCGCCUAAUAGCAGCUUGCCCCGUAUGUCCUCAGCCAGCCCAUCUACCAGUAGUCCCGCCUGGCUACCAAUAGCAGCUCGCCCCAUCUGUGCCCUGCCUCCCCAUAACCAAUGAAGUUGUCUUCGCUUUGUUUCCCCAAUAUCCAAUCAACUACCUCCACUCCCUAUAAGACCCCACACCCUGAGAAGCCAAGCACGACUUCUCUGGGCCCCUUCCCGGACCAUAGAACUUCGCCCGGGAGCUGAAUAAAUUGGCUUUUUAUUUUCUUA